AUGGAAGCUCGCACUGGGGCAGCACUCCUCCUCGCCGGCCUCCUUGCUCUUGCAACCAUCGCCAGCAGCAACACUGAAGGCGACAUCCUUUACAUGCAAAGGCAGGCGUGGAAGGACCCCAACAAUGUAGUGCAGAGCUGGGACCCCACCCUUUUCAACCCCUGCACUUGGCUCCAUGUCACCUGCAACAGCGACAACUCUGUCACCCGAGUGGAUUUGGCGGAUGCAGGCAUCUCAGGCACCCUGAUCCCUGAGCUGGGAGGACUGAAGAACCUUCAGUACCUGGAGCUGUUUACGAACAACAUUAGUGGAUCCAUACCAACAACCCUCGGCAACCUGACAAGCCUGGUCACCCUUGAUCUCUACGACAACCUUCUCACUGGCACGAUACCGGCCUCGCUUGCCAACAUCAGGAUGCUGCGUUUUCUGUACGAGUCUUGCUGCAGCAAUUUUCAGUUGAAGAGAUGCUAA